UUGUCGUCGUCGAGCGACUAGCGAGUAAUUGUAACUGCUAACAAAAUAUAUAUUUUUUAGAUUUAAACAGUGAAAGACUACAAAUUUCUUUGACAAAAUGGCAGAUCCGGAAUUGGAACAAAUCAGACAACAGCGAUUAGCUCAGUUACAAGCUCAACAUGGGGGAACAGGCGAUCCGAACAAGGCUAAGCAGCAGGAGGAGAGAAUGGAAGAAGCAAAACACACGAUUCUUGCACAAGCCCUUAGUCAAGAUGCCCGGGCCAGAUUGAACACAAUAAAACUAAGCAGACCAGAGAAAGGUGCCAUGGUGGAAAACAUGAUCUGCAGAAUGGCUCAAAUGGGACAAGUACGCACCAAGAUCUCCGAGCAAGAACUGAUCCAACUCCUAGAGUCAGUCAACCAGCAGAUGGGGAAAUCAACCAGCACUGUUAAAUUUGACAGGAGGAGGGCAGCCCUUGAUUCUGAUGAUGAUUUGUAGCCGAUUUGGCCACUUCACUGUAGUCUGUUAGUUUAGGUAUUUUAAAAGAAUGUAAACAAACAAAAUCACGCUUAAGAGGAAAGGGGAUGGCCGCUUCUCCAUACAAACAUAGUCCCCAUUUUCCUCUCUGGAUAUUAACAUAUUUAAUGUUAAGUCAAAGUAAGGGGCAUAACUAUGGCUAAUAUGCCAUAGUUAUGCCCCUUAAUUAGCCAUAGUUAUGCCCCUUACUUUGAUUUUUUUCGAUUCUUUGAUUAUUAUAAGAAUUAGGAGAAAAACAAAUAUUGUCUUCGGUUACCGCGAUAGUUACUCAUGAAAUAAAACUGUGAAAACAGAUUAUAUCGCGUAUAUUGAAUUUAUAAUACAUCCCGACAUUCAACAACAAAAACAAGAGAAAAACAAUUUCCAUACACAUUUUUAAAUGCUCCCAACUCUUAUAAUAAUUAGAAAUUUCAGAAAUAUCAAACAGAGGGGCAUAGCUGUGAUUAAUAUACAUAAACUGUGUCAAAAUAUUUUCAAUUAUGUUAAUAUCCAGAGAGGAAAUUGGGACUAUGUUUUGUAUGGAAAGGCGAUUUCGCGUGUCAUCCACUUUCGUCUUGACCCAUAUAUACCCAAAACUUGUUUAGCUUCUUCUUAUAAGGUUACGUUACAGGCUCUGUCUCCUGCUAAUUUUAAUGAGUAUGAGCAAGUUUUAUUCAGUGGGUCGAAAACGACCCAAUGGGCAUAUAUGGGUUAAUAAAUUUCAUUUUCCAAUGUCAGUUAUGGUUGUUAAUCUUUUCGCCGCCAUUGACUUGAUAUAAAAUCAGUACAUAUCGCCGCCAUUAACUUGAUAUAAAGUCAGUACAUUUCGUGCCCCACACUCCAUAACUUGAUAUGUUAUACGGGUUGUUUACGUGCAGUUUGUGGCUUGGCGUUGAUGACACUAUUAUUUCAUUGACGUGGCUGCGAAAAGGUUAAGCAUGGUGGGGCAGAAAGAGAUAAUAUGACUUAGUUAUGUGGUUUUAUUUGUUGGCAUUAGUUUAACUGAACAGACUAUAGGCUUUAAAUUAUUUUAAUCCCAUUACAAUAAUACAUAAUGCGUUAAGACUUGAAAGGAGAGGUUUUAAUAAAAUAAAUACAAAACAAUAGAUUUUAUACAGCAAAGCUACAACCAUAUCAUCAAAUCUAGCAACAGGUUACUUUGGUUAUUGUAUAUUUUUACUUUAUUACUUAUUUUGUCUUUAAAAAUGGUACUUGUCCUAUGACCAUGAUGCCUAAGCAUAAACUUCUAUUAGCACACGGUUAGUUAAGUCAUAAUUAUGUUUUCAACAGGAUCUAACAGAUCUUUAUAAAACUAAUAUUAUUAAUCCUUUGCAUAGGUGCUAAACUAAAUAAAUGAAACUAGUUUCAUAACAAUGAUUUUGUGCCUUUAGGUAUAUUGCAGUCACAAUAGCAUUUUUUAUUUAUUUUCGGAUUCCCUUGAAAAAAUGUAUGUAAUGAAGGUCGCUUUAAUUCUACAUUUAUUUAUGUUUAUUUAAAAAUAAAAGAUCUUGUAAAAUGCCA